UAAGCCUAAGCCCCCCGAAAGGCCCUCGCAAGCCCCCCCCGAAACAAACGUCACCGCCCAUUGCCCUGCUGCGACUCCAAACAACAAGCUUUUUUGCUAGACCCUGGACGCUUUGUUCUCUGUGUUUCCUUUUCCUACACUACACGACACAACACAACACAUACACAUCUUUCUUCUCUUGCUCUCACACAUCUACCCUCCCCCGGACUGUCCUCUUCGCCUACUCCUCACUCGGUUUCCACUGCGGCUGGAGGUAUCCUGCGCUCUUUGUUGCGUGCUGCCUAGUGUUCGUCAUACAUUUAUACCGGCAGCGAGAGGCACAGGCAACAGCGACAGCGACAGCGACAGCGACGACGACCAGCACCACGCAUACGAGAGCAUGGCACAGCGCAGAAACGGCGGCGACUCGCAUUCCAAAGACAACAUGGCGCCUGCAAAGGCCGAAGCUCAAGACAAGCAGGUCCGUCUGCUUUCCCAGGACGCUGGGCACUUUUCUCUCGUGCGCGCUCUCCAUCUAGCUGAUUUCAUUACCGAGCUGAACGGCUUCUGCGGCGUCAUGUCCAUCUUCUCGUCUCUCCGCUACUGCACGCAAUCCGAUGCCAGCGACUACACCAACCUGUACCUAGCCCUCUCCUUCAUCCCGCUCGGUCUCUUCUUCGACUUCAUGGACGGCAAGGUCGCGCGCUGGCGCAAGAAGGCGUCGCUCAUGGGCCAAGAACUUGAUUCGCUCGCCGACCUCAUCUCGUUUGGCGUGUCGCCCGCCGCCGCCGCUUUCAGCCUCGGCCUGCGCACCCCCGUCGACCACCUGCUGCUUACGUUUUUUGUCCUAUGCGGCCUCACCCGCCUCGCCCGCUUCAACGUCACCGUCGCCAUGGUGCCCAAGGACGCGUCCGGAAAAAGCAAGUACUUUGAAGGCACCCCGAUCCCCAUGAGCCUUGGCAUCGUACAGGUCAUGGCUUACUGGGUCUACAAGGGCUGGACCAUGGAUCAGAUCCCGCUCGGCUUGUGGAUGCAAGGUACCGCCUUUGAGUUUCACCCUGUCGUUGCCAUGUUCAUCCUCCAUGGCUGCUUGAUGGUCAGCAAGAGUGUCAAGAUUCCCAAGCCUUGAUGGAAGAGGGGGUAUAAAAAUGCUUUGUUGUUGUCAUUGCCGUUGUUGUUGUUGUUGUUGUUUUUUCGGUUUCUUCCUCGAACUUUUGGUGGUUGCAAAUGCGGUGAGUCGGGAACCAUGAUGUAAUAAGUUCCUAUUGUCGUCAUCAUGAUCCAUAGUAUAGCGCGCGGACUUGGCUUUGACUGCUAUGCUUUGUGUUUGGGGGGGCAGACGAAGCAAAAGAAAAGAAAAGAAAAAAGAAGGAAAAUACACGUUGAGGAGAGACAUAGAGCGAGAGAGGGAGAGUUGCAAGAUACCAUGACGAGGCUAUGAUCGAUUAGCGACUAAGAGCCAUAGAAUAUCAUGAUACCCUUAUUGUCAC